AUGGCUCAACAUAGAAUGCAAAUGAAACGUUUUGAAGCUUAUGAAAAUUUAAUAAGUAGUUUAGACACAGAAAAUGAUCUUAAUGAUAUAACACUUGAAAAUUUAACAAAUCCAAUAGAUGAUCAAAUCAAUGAAGAAAAUUCAAAAAUAUAUAAAUCAACAAUUCGAAGUUAUAGCAAUCUCACCUAUGAAUCAAUUCAAUAUCAUAUUCAACGUCCAUCUCAAACAUCAUUAAUUAGUGAACAAUUACGUAAUCUACGUCGAAAAUUUAGUGAUCGAACUGAUCAUAUUAAAGAAAUUAUUCAUCAACCACCCGAUUAUGAUCAUGAUAAAGGCAGUACUACUGUUACUGUACGUGAAGAAUUACAACAAAAACAAUUUCCUCGUCGAUCAAUAUUUGCAUCUGAAAGUGUAAGUCAUGCUUCAACACCUAGUUUAGCUCCAGAAGUUAAUGGAAUAAAACAACGUUUACAAAGAAUUCUCUUACGUUGUAUACGUAAAUCUGGUAUUCGAAAACCAAUUGAUACAGAUAGUAGUUCACAUUUAACUUGGUUACUAUUUGUUGCAAUGGCAUAUUUAUAUAAUUUUAUAUCGAUUCCAUUACGUAUAGCAUUUCCUAUAUGGAAAAAAGGAGAAACAAAUAUUUGGUUAUGGAUGAUAAUCGAUUACUUAUGUGAUGUAUUAUAUGUAAUUGAUACAUGUUUUGUUCAAACAAGAAUUAAAUAUUUAGAAAAUGGAUUGUGGGUUACAGCAUUUCGUUUAACGGCAAAGAAAUAUUUGCAUUCAUUACGAUUUUUAUUUGAUUGUUUAUCACUUGUACCAUUAGAUUUGUUUUAUUUUCUAUUUGGUUUUCAAGCAAUAUUUCGCUUACCACGUUUACUUAAAUUACAAUCAUUAACAGAUUUUUUUCGUUAUUGUGAUCGUUGGGUACAAUCAUUUUUUGCUAGUGUACGUCUUGUACGAAUUCUUGCAUUACUUCUCUAUGUUAUUCUAUCUGUACAUGUAUAUGCAUGUAUUUAUUUUGUUUUUUCAAAUUAUGAACGUCGAAAUGGUGUUGAUAAUGGUUGGGUUUAUAAAAUUGAAAGUCAACCACGUAUGAGUGCAUAUUCAUAUUCAUUUUAUUAUUGUUUUAAAAUUGCUUCAACCAUUGGAAAUAUUCCAAGUCCAGAAACUGGACUUGAAUAUGUCUUUGUUAUAAUUGGAUAUUUAUUUGCAUUAUUUAUAUUUGCUUUAUUAAUUGGUCAAAUACGUGAUGUAUUUCAAUCAAUGAAUCAAAGACGUUCAGAAUAUCAAAAUAAAGUUGAACAAGUUAUGCAAUAUUUAAAAAAAUUUGAAUUACCACAAACUGUACAAACUCGAGUUAGAAAUUGGUUUCAAUAUAAUUGGGAAGAUAGAAAUACACUUGAAGAUGAUGAUACAACCUUAUCAUUUUUACCUACGACUCUUCAAACUGAACUUGCAAUUAGUAUUCAUUAUGAUACAUUAUCAAAAGUACAAUUAUUUCAAGAUUGUGAAAAAACAUUUCUUCAUUCGUUGGUAUUAAAAUUAAAACCUGCCUUGUUUUUACCGGGUGAUUACAUAUGUAAAAAAGGUGAAAUUGGUCGAGAAAUGUAUAUUGUUAAUCAUGGAAAACUUGAUGUAUUUAUUGAUGAUAAACGUAUAGCAGGUCUUGAAGAUGGUGCAGUUUUUGGUGAAAUUAGUUUACUUGAAGUUGCUGGUGGUAAUCGACGUACAGCAGACGUAAUUUCACGAGGUUUUUCAACAUUAUUUACUUUACAUAAAGCAGAUUUAAAUGAUCAAUUAAAAGAUUUUCCUGAGGCUGGUAAAAUUCUUCGUCGAAAAGCAAAAAAACUAAUGAAACGUUCUUCAAAACCAGAUGAAGAAGAAUCAGUUCAUGAUGAUGGUGUUGUUCAAGCAGAACCAAUUAUUGUCGAUCAUCCACCAAAACCUGAUCCAAAAUUACUCGAUACAGUUCUUAAAGCUGUUGGUACAAAGUCAAAAUUAGCAGAAGUAUUAACUCGACCUCGACCCAGUAUAUAUCCAUCAUUUUCAUUAGAAGUUCCUGAUAUUACUAUAUCGGAUAAUCAUGAACCAAUUGAAAAUGAACAUAAUCGAAAUUUAAAAGUACCAACAUUAACAGUUACACCAGCCGAUGCAACAACAACACGAAUUCAAUCACUACGUCAAAAAUUAUUUUCUAUGCCAUUACAAAAUUUACCAUCAGCAAUGAAAUAUUCAAAUGAUGAUGAUGAUGAUGAUGAUGUAUUUAUUUCUGGUCGUUUACCAACAUCAGAAACAAAUGAAACAUUAUUACUAGAUGAUGAUCUUGUUUAA